AUGGCAGCCGUGGACCCAAGCGCCCGCAAAAGGGUGCUCAAGGUCAUCUUCAUCUCGCUUCUGCUAGACCUUAUUUCCUUCACCUUUAUCCUCCCGCUAUUCCCCAAGCUCCUCGAGUUCUACCGCAACAGCGAAGCCGGCACGGAUUCACAGUCGACACUGCUGGCACGCAUACUACAUGGAUUGAACGCAUACAAGUCGGCCUUUGCACGGCCCAUCGAUUCGCGAUACGACAUUGUGCUCCUCGGAGGAGCUUUGGGCAGCCUCUUCUCUCUCCUUCAGGCCAUUGCCUCACCCGUCAUCGGCCGGCUCUCGGACAAAUAUGGAAGACGUACGGCGUUGCUUGCCAGCAUGGUUGGCAACAUCCUGUCGGUGCUCUUGUGGGUUGUCGCCGUAGACUUUAGGACUUUCCUCGCCUCGCGCGUCGUGGGUGGACUGUCUGAAGGCAACGUGCAGCUUGCAACCGCCAUUGCCAGUGACAUUUCGGACGAGACGAGUCGCGGCUCGACCAUGGCCCUGAUUGGCGCCUGUUUCUCAAUCGCCUUUACGUUUGGGCCUGCUCUCGGCGCAUAUCUGAGCUCUAUCCCGACAGUAGCUGCCAAUCCCUUUGCUACGGCUGCUGGCGUCUCGCUUUUCCUCAUCGUGGCUGAGACCCUCUACCUCUAUGUGGCACUCCCAGAGACUCUGCCUAGCAAGGCCAAAGGAAAGGCAGCCACAGCUGAGACUGCCAAGUCCGAGAAGCCAAAGACGACCCAGCGCUUGAACUCGCAUGCGCUGCUAAACGUUACGCACUUUGUCUUUCUCCUCUUCUUCUCUGGCAUGGAGUUUUCGCUCCCCUUCAUGACCUACGAUCUGUUCAACUUUGGCGCAGCUCAGAAUGGUCGCUUGCUUGGUUAUGUGGGCCUCAUUGCUUCCAUCUUGCAGGGCGGAGUGACUCGACACCUCCCGCCUCUGCUGUCCGUCCAGGUCGGUGUCAUGUCCUGCCUGCUCGCUUUCAGCCUGCUCGGUACCGUGGCCACUGUCGGACGGCUGUACCUCGCCGCCACCUUUUUGGCCGUGACGUCGGCAACAGUGGUCAGCGGUCUCAACACCCUCAGCAGUCUCGAGGCGGGCGCCAACGAACGGGGUGGCAAGCUCGGAAACCUGAGGAGUUUUGGGCAGCUCGGACGUGGCCUGGGCCCGAUUCUGUUCACGAGCAUGUACUGGUGGACAGGCAGAGGCCCCGCGUAUGCUUUGGGUGCCGUGGGCAUGGCCUCUGUCGCUGGUAUCGUGCUGCUUCGGCUGAAAUCGCCGCCAGAGCCAGAGGUGAAGGCGAAAUUGUCACAGAAGAAGGAGCUGUAA